AUGAGUAUGCCACCGGCACAGCCUGCCCACGCCGAGGAACGGCCUCCCAAACGCACGAAGAUACGGCUCGCGUGCCAGGAAUGUAGAGAUCGCAAGAUUCGCUGCGACGGCGGCAGGCCCACCUGCAAUGCUUGCGCUCGGAAAAAGCUGGGGCCCGAGCACUGCAUCUACAUCGAGCCUCAUAAUGAGGUAGCCCCGAGCUAUGUUAGAUCUCUGGAGAGCCGCAUUCGAGAGCUGGAGGAGAGGCCAGAUCGGGACCGUGGCUUCAUCCGCAAACGCAUUCCCCAAGCACAGACGGGCGUGCCCUUCUCAACUCCCCAUUCUCAGACGCCGACCCAGCAAGAUCACGCGCAGAUGAAAGACCCCAAAGGCUACCCCUGCUCCUCUCCAUUGCGUCGGUACGACGGCGAAAGAUCCUUACCAAGCAUCCAUAACGUCCUUGGCUCAGAUUAUCCGUCCCAUCUCAACCACCGCCAGCAGAGUGCUCCCCUGAAUGCACAAAACGGCCCUAACACCGAAUCUCCUUUUCCUGGCGCGUACGCGAGCCCUGAGCCCCCUUAUCGCUCAGACUCAUUCAACGUGGAACAGAGGCGCAAUGCAAGCCCGCUCCAUGGACAGACGGGUUCGCUAUCAGCAUUUCAGCCGGACUUGGGAGGAAUCAUUCAUGAACAAAAGUCUCGGGCAGCUGCAGAUAACCCGGAGAUCGAGGAUACGCUUCCAAACUCUCACUCCGACGAGGCUCUAGAAGCUCAAAGGGCGAGCGCCAUGGGAGCAACAGCCGGCACACCACCUUCCGCAACGGUUACAGGCUCUGUCUUCUUGGGACCUUCAAGCGCUGCAGCAUUCAUGAAGGAAGUCCAAAAAACUUCCUCUGUAUGGAAACGCACCCAUUCGGACUUUGUGGGCGAUGGCGUAGCUAGUUCAACGGCCUCGCGAGCAUCUCGCCCUCGUAGUAGGAAGGAAAAGGAGCUCGUUCGUACCCUGAUGGAAGAGCUAGUUCUUCCUCCUCGGCGAGUGGCGGACGCACAUCUCAACAACUAUUGGAAGCACGUGUAUCCUUUAUACCCUAUACUACACAAGCCUAGUUUUAUGAAAAGGUGA